GUGAUCACUUUCAGAAGGCCCCGUAUUCUUACUGUGUUGCUGUCGUUGAACAUGUGGUGUUAGGGUUAUGUUUUCGAUAAGACCUGAUUUGUAUUUCGCAUGCCCAAAUCAGUCGAAAUACCCUCUAACAGAAAGUCUACAGUGCAUCCCUGAUACGUCUAUGAGCUUCUUUUACUACCGAUUCAAAAGAAAUCCCGGACGUCCAAUACGGAUCUAUUAAUAGAAGGCUUUGCUCACCAUUUCUCAAGAUGGCAUCGUCAAACAACAGCCUGGGGGUCGGAAGAGUGUUCGACCCUAGAAAGGUUACUUUCACCAUGUUUACAUCAGAUGAUAUACGCAAGAUGAGUACGGUGACAAUUAGGACGCCCCUCACAUUAAACGCUCUGGGACACCCUGUGCCGGGUGGUCUCUAUGAUUCAGCCAUGGGUCCUAUGACAGACACAAGUGAUCCAUGUAAAACAUGCUUGAAGAAUAUUUAUGGAUGCCCUGGCCAUAUAGGCCACAUAGAACUUCCCGUUCCAGUCACUAAUCCUCUAUUCCACAAGCCUGUUUCUGUAUUUAUGAGGCUGGCUUGUUUAAAUUGCUAUAGACUUCAACUUCCACCAGCCAUCAAGUGGCAAAUUAUUGCUCAAAUUCGUCUUGCCGAAGCUGGAUUUAUGACAGAAGCAUUAGAAGUUGAAAACCAUUGCUCUAUUAAAGAGAAGAAGAGUUUGACGGCAGAGGUAGAAGAUGCCAUGUACAAGGAUAUGAUCACAUCCUACAUUCAAACUGUCACUAGCAGAGGCAACUCAAAUAUUGUGCCCAGUGAUAACAAAGCUGCAGAAACAGUCCGAAAUUAUAAUUUGAACAGCUUGCUCAGAGCCUCUUGCACUGAAAAGAAGUGCAUGUACUGCAAAGGUACCUUAUUAAAAUUCAUUUUAUUUCGAGAUCGUCUGAAUGUGAGAGUUGACGUUGCUCCUAAGCACCAACAGAACGAUGAAAGCAUUAAUCCUAAUUCAUCUAUCAACUCCAAUGUAUCAAUUGCUGACUUAUCCACUGCACCAGGAGUUAAAAAAGCCAGAAUGCAAACUCUCAACCCAAAAGAAAUCAGAGAUCAUCUUCGUAAGCUAUGGGCAAAUGAGAAAGAAUUCAUGGGAGAAGUAAUGCCAGUACUAAAGCAUCAUGAUAUUGACCAUCCAAUUGAUAUCUUCUUUUUUGACGUCAUCCCCGUGCCACCACCAAAUGUUCGCCCAGUAAAUUUUGUCAGAGGUGUACCUUGUGAACACCCUCAGACUGGCAUGUAUAAGAAAGUUGUGUCUGAUUCAGUGGUUUUAUGGAAUGUUAUCCAAUUAGUACAAGAUGCAUCCCAUUCUAUGACACCAGAAGGGAAGCUCCUUGUGCAAGGUGUUCAGGGUGCUACACCUGUUGAAAAGCUCCAUUUUGCAUGGGAAGAACUUCAGUCCAGUGCAGAUCACUUAAUGGACUCAGAACAUGGUGGUGUUUUUGAUCAACGAGUUCAAGGUUUGAAACAAGUCUUGGAAAAGAAGGAAGGUGUUAUCCGUAUGCAUAUGAUGGGAAAGCGGGUUAACUUUGCUGCUCGAUCUGUUAUAACUCCUGAUCCCAAUCUGAAUGUUGAUGAAAUUGGGUUCCCAGAAGCAUUUGCUUUGAAAUUGUACUAUCCUGUCCCAGUCACUCACUGGAAUGUUAAAGAGCUACGGCAAAUGGUUAAAAAUGGACCUCUGGUUCAUCCAGGUGCUGUCAUGGUAGAGGAUGAAAAAGGCAAUAUUAGCAGAUUGAAUGAAAAUAAUCCAUUGCAGAGAGAGGCUAUUGCUAAAAGACUUCUCACACCAGGAGAUCAGUCCCAGAUAUUCAAUAAGGGUAUGAAGAAAGUUUACAGACACCUUAUUAAUGGCGACAUUCUAUUGCUGAAUCGACAGCCCACUCUACAUAGACCCAGUAUAAUGGCCCACAAAGCUCGAAUCCUUAAAGGUGAGAAGACUUUAAGAAUGCACUACUCCAACUGUAAGUCUUAUAAUGCUGAUUUUGAUGGUGAUGAAAUGAAUGCCCACUUUCCUCAAAGUGAGCUAGCAAGAAGUGAAGCUUACAACCUUGUUAAUGUCUGCCACCAAUAUCUUGUACCAAAGGAUGGCACACCCCUUGGUGGUUUAAUCCAGGAUCACAUGGUUUCAGGAGUUUGGCUUUCUAUUCGCGGUAAAUUCUUCUCUCGUGAAGAUUACUGUCAGCUUGUGUUUCAGGCAAUUGGUGACAUGGCAGGCAAUAUAAAACUUCUCCAUCCGGCAAUAAUGAAGCCAAUGCCAUUGUGGUCUGGUAAACAAGUUAUUUCCACGGUCCUGAUCAAUACUAUACCUUCUGGCAAGCCUUUGAUUAAUUUGACUGCUACUGCUAAAAUUCGGGCCAACUUGUGGAUACAAGAAACUCCUCGACCAUGGCUUGCUGGUGGCACUCCAUUUGGUAAUUCUAAUAAUAUGUCUGAAGCGGAAGUUAUCAUCAGACAGGGAGAACUGUUGAGUGGGGUUCUUGACAAGACCCAUUAUGGUGCCACUCCAUAUGGUUUAGUGCACUGUAUGUAUGAACUCUAUGGAGGACAAUGUUCCAGCCGAUUGCUUAGUUCAUUUGCUAAAUUAUUCAUGGCUUUUCUUCAGCUAAUGGAAGGAUUUACUUUGGGGGUAGAAGACAUUCUUGUUGUGAAGAAGGCAGAUAAACGAAGAACAGAGAUUAUUCAAGAAUGCCGUAAAAUGGGUAAUACUGCAGCUGCUGCCGCCUUAGGUCUAGCUCCAGACACACCACCUGACGUCUUGACGGAGAAGAUGGAAGAGGCUUACUGCAAUCCUAAGAGGAACUUCCGUGGGGAAAUUGACAGUCAAUUCAAAAGUUUACUGAACCCCUAUACAGAUGAUAUAAAUAAAACAUGUCUUCCUGGGGGACUUCUACAAAAGUUCCCCAGAAAUAAUUUGCAGCUGAUGGUGCAGUCAGGAGCAAAAGGAUCGACUGUGAAUACUAUGCAGAUUUCUGGAUUGCUUGGCCAAAUAGAAUUAGAGGGAAAGCGUCCUCCCUUAAUGAUAUCAGGACGCUCACUGCCAAGUUUCAUCCCCUACGAUAGACAACCUAGAGCUGGAGGGUUUAUUGAUGGGCGUUUUAUGACAGGAAUUCAACCCCAGGAGUUCUUCUUUCACUGUAUGGCAGGCCGUGAGGGCUUAAUUGAUACAGCUGUGAAAACUAGUCGGAGUGGAUACUUACAGAGGUGCCUUGUAAAGAAUCUUGAAGGCUUAAGUAUACAAUAUGAUAUGACAGUUCGAGACAGUGACGGAAGUGUUGUCCAAUUUGCAUAUGGAGAAGAUGGCAUGGAUAUUUCUAAAGUGCAGUUUUUGAAGCCUGAGCAGAUGUCUUUCUUGGAUGAUAACCACAAGGUGUUACACGACACAAAACUUUUAUCAUCAUUAAGAGAUGAAGAUACAUCUAAGGACAUUCUCAAACAUAAGAAAAAAGUGAAAAAGUGGAAAAAGGUGUUUGGUGGUAGAAAAACUAGAAGAAGUACCUUCCUAAACUACACAGUUGGUAUGACAGACACAUUUAAUGUCAAGAAGUUAUCCAGUAAAACUGGGAGGAAGAAAGGCUUGGCUCAAUUGAUUGAUGUUUUUCGAGAGACACCCCUUUCAGACCCUGAAAUGAAGCCAUAUGUUGUAAAUGAAAGGGCUCCAGAUCCUGUCACUAGCUCAUACCCAGCGCAUUCACACUUAGGAGCUGUGACUGAACGUUUGGAAGAAAUAAUUGAAAACUAUGUUAAGACAAGAAACAAGACCAGCCUCUCUGUAGAUGAUUCUGGAUUUAAGGAUAUGCUGUAUCUGAAGUCAAUGUGUUCUUUAGCUCCUGCAGGAGAUCCAGUUGGCCUCCUGGCAGCUCAGUCUGUUGGUGAACCUUCCACACAAAUGACUUUAAAUACAUUCCACUUUGCAGGUCGUGGUGAAAUGAAUGUAACUCUUGGUAUUCCACGACUUAAGGAAAUCCUAAUGACAGCAUCAAAAAAUAUCAGCACUCCAUCAAUGGAGAUACCAUUCAGAAAAGAUGUGUCAAACUUGAAAGUUGAAUCUGAAAGUUUGAAAGGCAAACUUACUAAGAUUACUGUAGCUGACAUUUUGGAAUAUGUUCAAGUUACUGAAUCUUUAGUGCUUUCUCCAGUUCGAGCACAUCAGUAUAUUAUGAGAAUGCAGUUUCUUCCUUUCAAAUUUUACAAGGAAUUGUUCUUUACAACUCCAGAUGCCGUUUUGAGACACAUUGAGAAAUAUUUCUUAGCAAGUCUUGAUUUUCAUAUCAAGAAAUUGAUCCAGGCCUCUGGAAGAACUACCUCAAUUGAAGAUCAGGUGAGAAAAUCAGCUGAGAAACCCAAGAGAGGAAAGAGCAAAGCUCCCACUCAAGAAGAAGAUGAUGAAGAUGUUGAUUUUUCUACAGCUGCUAAAGCAGGAACUGGUGAAGGUCACGAAAGUUCAGAUGAAGAAGCACAAGGAGAUGAUGAUGAUGCAACUGCUGCAUCUCAAAGAAAAAAGCAUCAAGAUUCUGCUAAUUAUAGUGAUGAAUCAGACGAGGAGAGUUCUGAUAAUGAUGGAAAGGGCUUUAUCCAUGAGGAAGAGAGAAACCAUCAAGAAAAUGAAAAAAAUGAACUCAUGUGUCUCAGCAAGUAUACAUUUAUUGAUGAGUAUUACUUUGAUAAGAAAAGAAAAGAAUGGUGUGUCAUAAAAAUUAGCAUAUCUAUACCAAGUAAGAAAUUGAACCUUUCUGUGCUUGUUCAAGAGGUUGCACGUCUUUCUGCAGUAAGUCAAGUACGAGGUCUUAAGAGAGCUUUUCUUCUCAAUAACCCACGUGAUGGUCUUGUACUGAAGACGGAUGGUCUGAACAUAAUUGAAAUGUUUAAAUACUCAGAUUUGCUUGACCUCAACAAGCUUUACUCAAAUGAUAUUCAUGCCAUUGCAGACAUUUAUGGUAUUGAAGCAGCAGUUAGAGUGCUUGUAAAAGAAAUUCAGGAUGUGUUCAAGGUAUAUGGUAUCACUGUGGAUCCACGCCAUUUAAUGUUGAUUGCUGAUUUUAUGACAUUCAGUGGAAUAUUUUCACCUAUGAAUCGGACAGGCCUGGACAACAACCCAUCUUCUUUACAGAAAAUGUCCUUUGAAGCCCCAAUAGGUUUCCUGAAGAAAUCGUUAUGGUUAGGCAAGAGUGAUUCUCUUGAAUCACCAUCAAGUAGAAUAUGUGUUGGGAGACCUUGUAGAAGCGGGACAGGUGCUUUCCAGCUUCGUCACCAACUCAAUUAGGAAUGUCGCACUGUUUUCCUAUAAAAUGAUAGAUUUUGAUUUCUUGAAAUCUGUUUCAAGGAUAUGAUUUGUGAUAUUAUAGCCUAAUUGUAAUUUGAAAAGCCAAGGAUAAGAAAAAUACCAUACUAAAACCCCAAUUAACAAAUAUUCUGAUUUUGUUGUACUGUUAUUCUUAGAAACAAGUGCCACAGUUUUAAUGUAAGCAACACUGGGUAGUGGGGCUCUGAUGUGUAUAUUGUAUUUUGAAACAUUAAAUAUUUGGUAUAAAAAUAAA